AUGUCGAUGCAGCAGCGAAAGGAUGAGAUCCUUGCCAAGCGGGCAAAGCUUGCCGAGCUAAAAAAGCAGCGAGAGCUUCGUCAGAGGGAAUUCACUUCACGGACUAGCGUCGGGGAUGCCUCAGAGAUUGUUUCACCUGCGCCUAGUCACCCGGGCAAUAGACAUGAGCUUGAUGACCUGAUUGCUCGUCUGGUCGACCGCCCAGCGUCGGCCUCACUCAGUCAAGGUGCCGAUGGCCAGUCGCGGCGAGGAAGCCGACCAACCUCCGUUUUGAGCGCCAGUCAAUUGAGUGGAGAGAAUGCCGACGCCUAUACGUCCCCCUCGCGACCACAAUCCCAGUCUAUUGCCGUUCAGACUAUGGGCGAGGAGACUUAUACCUCCUCCCCAACUGAAGCCCCACCUCCCCCUGACCUUGAAUCCGGUUCCAAACCUAAGCCAGAAGUCGUCACGUACAGCAAAGCAGUACAAACAGAUGGACUGGACCAACAACCAGAGACACCCGAGGGAUCUGAUGUUUCCGACAACGAGGAUGCUCCUGGUACCACGCGAUCUAGCAAACGACUUAGUCGACGGGAGAAGGAACGAGACGAGGAGAUCUUACAAAAGCUUCGCAAAGAAAUCGAGGAGGAAUUACGUGCUACCAACCAGCAGGACGAUAACGAUAACACACCUGCGCAAACCCAGCUACGGUAUCCUCUACGCACGCUCGAUGACGACGAGCUGAAAGCAGUCACGUCGUCCGACGACUUCCUAGACUUUGUCGAACGGUCUUCGAAGGUCAUCGAGCGGGCCUUGGAUGAGGACUACGAUGUUUUGGCAGACUAUGAGCUUGGUGGAACUGAUGGGAACUUGCAAGAAGACGACGAGAGUGGAAAGAAAAAGAGAGGCAUGCAAGAAGUAUCUCAUUUCUGGGACGAAAGAUGGAGCAAGAAUCGCAUAAUCAGCGACUUGAGUUUCUCUCCAAAGUUCCCCGAAUUGUUGCUGGCAUCAUACACUAAAAAUACAUCAGCUCCUCAUGAGCCUGAUGGCCUGGUCCAGAUCUGGAAUCAGCAUUUGCAAUCUCGUCCAGAAUAUGUUUUCCACUCCACCUCCGACAUUCUCACUGCCAAAUUUUCUCCAUAUCAUCCAAACCUUGUUGUCGGAGGUUCCUAUUCGGGACAAGUACUCGUAUGGGACACACGAUCCUCCCGCGCUGGUGGAGGCUCCCCUGUCCAGAAGACACCCCUGACGGGCACUGGACACGCCCAUCCGGUUUAUAGCAUCUCGAUUGUUGGUACACAGAAUGCGCACAACAUCAUGACUGCCUCUACAGAUGGUGUGGUCUGUGGCUGGACAAUGGAUAUGCUUUCCCACCCGCAGGAUCGCGUGGAAUUAACCACACCACCUCCAUCUAAAACGGAAGAUCUUGCUCCGACAACAAUGUCAUUCCCUCACACCGAUCCUACCUUCUUCAUCGUUGGUACCGAAGAAGGAGUUAUUUACCCCUGCCAUCGGUACGAUCGAGCAGGAGCCAAGAGUGGCACAGACCAUCGCCUAGCCUACAAGGGCCACACGGCACCGAUCAUGUCUACUGCAUUCCACCCUGGUCGCGGACCCGUGGAUCUGGGAGACCUCAUGCUGAGUUCCAGUCUUGACUGGAGUGUUAAGCUUUGGCGUGUGCGGCCCCCAGCGACCACCGCGUCAGCCACAUCCAUCUCAGCUCCUCAAGUCAUCUCACCAAUCCUUGAUAUCACCCGUGAUGAUGUGGUCUAUGAUGCGCGCUGGCACCCAACCAAGCCCGGCGUGUUCUCUCUUGUCGAUGGUGCUGGUAACGUCGAAGUGUGGGAUCUCGCAUCAGACACCGAGGUCCCGGUUGCACGUGAAGUUGCCGACAACACGCACGGCAACAUUAUGUCACGCAGUCUUAACAAGGUUGCAUGGGAUGAACGUGAAGGCCGACGCUUGGCGACUGGUGGACUCAAUGGCGUUGUUACAGUUUAUGAGGUGGGUAAGGGUCUCUGUGGUCUACCCGAAGAGGUUCCCGCAGAUGAGUGGACUGGUAUGAAGAGACUGGUUGGGAAGCUGGAACAGAAGGACAAGGAUCGGGUGGCUUGA